AUUCUCUGGUGCGGAUAUCACGAUAUUGGUACGAGACGCUCUAAUGCAACCUGUUCGAAAAGUUCAGUUAGCAACUCAUUUCCGACGUGUAAGAGGACCAUCUACUGCCGAUCCUAAUGUUAUCGUGGACGAUCUACUAACACCAUGUAGUCCUGGAUCCCCUGGUGCCAUUGCAAUAAAUUGGAUGGACGUUCCAGGAGAUAAGCUAUUGGAACCACCUGUCACCAUGAGUGACAUGUUACGAUCUUUGGCUACUUCAAAGCCGACCGUUAAUGAAGAAGAUCUGGUUAAAUUGCAAAAAUUCAUAGAAGAUUUUGGAUAGGAAGGAUAAUAAGGUGGCAACUAGAAUGCUGGAUCAACAAUAGCAUGGUGGGCAAUGCGUAAAGAAAUCUUUUAUUUUCACAACCCUUUAUUCUCUUGUUCAUCUUUAUGCAAAAAUGUGUUGGCCUACCUUGUUAUACUGAUGUAAAUGUGAUUCUCUUUUACCCUAUCUUACCCUUUGAUUUGAAGAAGAGGUCGGAUUAUGAAAACAAACAAAAAAAACAAACAAACAAACAAAAGUUAAUUUACAUGUAAUGGUGUUCAGAUUUCUUCGCUUUUCCUCAAAACCAAUAGCUGAUAUGAAGAAAAGACCACCAACACACC